AAUUUACCGUUACAGUUGCAAUUGAUGACGACGCCGACGAGCACAACAGCAGCAGCAGCAACAGCAGCGACAACAGAGGAGGAGCUUUGGAGCAGUCGCGCCACCUCAGUCGCUUCAUCCUGGCUGCACGACGAGCUCCAGCCGGGGGAACAUGAGCCGACCUCCGCCCUGCUGGACUACUGCAAGCGAAAGUUUCUGCGUCCCUAUGUCACGAUCUUGACGCUGGUCGGCCUCAAUCCCAUCUCGACGGACAUGAGCAAUGUGAGGGCCUGCUGCAGCUAUGUCCAGGCUCUGAUGGUGCUCUUUAUCCUCCUGGUGGGCUAUGUACUACGCUACAUCUGUGGCUACAGAGGCGAUCGUGGCUUCACCAGCUACAGGGAUAUACGACCCAUUAGCAACAGCACGGAUGGCGGCAUCGCCACACCAAACACCAUCGGCGAGCUGCUCUUUGGUUAUGUGGUGCCGAGUGCCUUCAACCUGAUGGCUUUUGUGGCUGCUGUGCUGGUGUGCAAAGUGAUUGACCACGAGCAGCUGCAGAACCUCAUCGAAAGGGUGUUCCUGAUGUCCGCCAAGCCCAAGCGACUGUGUCGGAUGCUCUGGCUGUUCUUGGGAUUGGCCCUGGCUCUUCUGGCGCUCCUCUUCGCCUACGCUUGCGCUGUGGUGGUCAUGCAACCGGCUCAGAUCAUCAAGGUGGCCUGGCUAGCGGAGCCUCUGAGCGACUGGGAGCUGUGCCUCCGCACCGGAUUGCUGUGCACCAUACUACUGCAGGACCUGGUGGAGAUAGUUAUAUUGAGUAACUACUACAUCGAGUGCUACUUGCUGAAGGUUCACUUGGAGUCGCUGUCGCACAAACUACUGAUGCACUCCAUCGAUUCGCUGGACUGGAUGCGGGAGGUGCUGGAGUUCCGCAAGCUCCUGGAUCGUCUCAACCAGCACGUGUCUGUGCCCGUGUGCUUUCUGAUUGUGAUGAAUCUGUCGUAUGCCUUCGCCGGCAUGGUCUAUCUGUUCAAGGACUUUGAUUUCCACUUCUGCGCCUUGCAGCUGGUGCUGCUGAACAUCGCCAAUGUUAUGCUGUGGCUGUUCCUCGGCCUGCUGCCCUUUUUUGUGGCGUCCUCGGUGACGCGUGUCUGCCAGAGCGCCCAGGCCAAUGGCCACCAGAUCCGCGUGCGUCCAUUUGUAUACCACAAUACCUCCGCGGAAGAUCUCAACUCGACCCUGCUCUUUGCCUCGUCUUUGGACAUGUCCGCCAAGCUCUUCCGCAUGCCCAUCCAACCGAACUACCUGUGCUUUGCUAUCCUCGUUGUCGUUCUAGUGAUACUCACACUUGGCAUGUGCCUGAAUCUCACGGCCCUGGGCAAGAUCUAAUCUCCUUAGAGUACAUACAUACAAAUAUGUGCAUCUGCAUACAUUUAAUAAAGAUUUAUGGUAUUUGUCUAGCUUAAAA